ACUAGAUUAUGUUUGAAUACAUUUUACUACAGAUAACACAGGCAAACAGAGGUGGCAUCUAAACACACCAACCUACUAAUGUGCUAAUUCACAGUUCAGCGAGUUUGAUAAAAUCACAACUGCAUCAGGACUUAUCAGGCCGCCUUACUCGAAUUGUUCACACUUUGCUAUUACUUGUUGAUUAUGUAACAGGACAGCAUAAAACCUUUUUUUUUGGAUUACAAGAUGCCGCUGCAAAGGGUUAAAAUGAAACUGCGCCCCAAAAAGAGAGUUCGCUUUGCCAUUGAUCUAGAUGAUAUGAGUGAUGCUGAAACUUCUGGGGAUGACCCAACCUGGCACUCUGGGAAUCAUGAGGAGGAGGCGGUGGGGCCAGAGGAUGUUCAGCUUCUGGAGGUCCCCAACGGAAGUCACGGGGGACCUUCAGGGAACAGCAGUAGCCUCCUGACAAGCAGUGGGCUGCUGAAAGGUAUCUUAAAGAACCGAUUAGAGACAGUAGAGAGCAAUGACCUUUACAGACAAGAGCGGAGAAGAAGACAUUCCUCUGCAGAUGAGGAUGACUUUGCUUUGCUUCAUGGAAGAUUUGAGAAGGUGCCUCUGAAGGACUUCCACGCCGAGAUCCGAGCCUUCAAGGAUGUGGAGGAUUUCCUGAGCCGGACUCUGCUGAUGCUGGACCUACAGAAGACUGGCCUCACCCAGAUCAUUGAGGCCAUGGUCCAGAAACUACUGGAGAAGAAGGAGGUGUCUGCCCAGACCUCUCUGGAGGAGGCCCGCCAUGCCAUCUUCACCCAGGAUUCCGUCCACACACUGAGUAAGACGAUUCAGGGCACGAUGACCAGUGAAGUCAGCGGGUUUGAUUUUGAUCAGAACUGGAUCUGUGUCAUGUGUGAUAUUCCAACAGUAACCAAGCGACACGUGGUGAUUGCUCGGUUACACAGCCCGGCUAACCUGGGCAGUAACAGUCAUGAAGUUCAGUUUGUUAUCCUUGUAAUGGCCCCUGUCAGAGAGAAAAGUACCAAGUCCUCUCUGGAGACCGCCCGAACGUUUGCGACUCUUUUCUUGGACAUUGACUUUCGUCACCAGCUGCUGUUAGCAGAGUCCGAGUACGAAUUUAAACAGCUCCUCCACACGAGGACCAAGCUCCUCAUUGAAGAACAGGGACUCCCGGAGAACCGAAAGUCACACCUUGUCCUCUCUGCCUUUGAACAGGAGGAGCAGGAGGGUGGGAAGGCUAGAUGUCCUCUUGGACAGGGUUUGAUCCGUGACCUCAAGCGACGACUACCUCACUAUGUGUCUGACUUCAGGGAUGGGUUUGUGGGCAACAAAACAAUACACAAGGUGACCUCCACGACAUUCUUUCUGUACUUUGCCUGCGUUCUGCCAAACAUUGCCUUUGGGAUGCUGAAUGACAACAACACUGCGGGUGUCAUAGAUGUGCAGAAGGUGUUGUUUUCGCAGUGUGUGGGAGGGCUGCUGUUUGCUGUUUUUGGGGGUCAACCUCUGAUUGUGUUAUUGACUACUGCACCACUGGCUCUCUACACCAAAAUUAUCUACAGCAUCUGUGAGGACUUUGACUUGAACUUCAAUGCUAUGUUUGCCUGCACUGGGUUGUGGAAUGCCUUCUUUCUGCUGAUCUUUGUUUUUUUCAACACAAGUAAACUCAUGAAGUAUUCCUCCAGGUCCACAGAGGAAGUCUUCUCAUUGUUCAUCACUUUCGCUUUUUCUGCAGAUGCCAUCAAAGACACUAUUAAAGAUUUUAACAAAAAUUAUAACACAGAUGUCUGUCAUGGUGUUACUCACAGUAAUUCAACCAAUCAAAAUGCUUCCUUCCCUACAAACUCCUCCCUAACAACCGUCAGUGCCAUGACGACGGCUAGCACUGUGACAACCAUUUCCAUGGUGAAUGUCACUAACAGCAGCAUGUUGGCGGCUCCAUCUGGUGGUGGGGGCAUUGAGGAGUGCCUGAGGGAGAACAGUAUCUUGUUUCUUCUGUUGAUGCUGGGCACUGUGUGGCUGGGAAUCACGCUUUUUAACUUUACUAAAACUCCCUUUCUGAAUGCUGGAAAGCGAGAGAUGUUAGCUGACUAUGCAUUACCUGUAGCAGUCCUUGUCAUGAGCUUCUUUGGUUCCUAUGUGUUCAGAGAAGUCCACAUGAAGCCGUUUAAGUACAAGGCCCGUGAACAGAUGUUUGAGCUGGCCCCCCUCCACCUCCUACCUGUGGGGGCAGUGUUUGCCGCCGCUGGGCUGGGCUUCAGUCUGUCCCUUCUGUUCUUCAUGGACCAGAACAUCUCCAGCGCACUGGUGAACGCCCCCUCUAAUAAAUUAAAGAAGGGUGCCGCCUACCACUGGGACCUGUUUGUGGUGGCUGUCAUCAAUGCCUUCCUGUCAAUCUUCACUAUGCCAUGGGUCCACGCAGCCCUCCCCCACUCCCCGCUCCAUGUCAGAGCUCUCGCUGACCUUGAGGACCGGGUGGAUCAAGGACAUGUACACCAAAUAGUUGUCCAUGUGCGCGAGACGCGGGUGACAGGAAUCAUCUCGCAUGUGAUGAUUGGUCUGUCCAUGUUGAUGCUGCCCUACCCCCUGGCCUACAUCCCUCGCCCCGUGCUGGACGGCCUCUUUAUCUAUGUCGCCAUCACAGCACUCUACGGCAAUCAACUGUUUGACCGCAUUCUUCUUUUCUUUACGGAACAGUCAGCCUAUCCCCCCAAUCACUACAUACGGCGGGUGCCCCAGAGGAAGAUCCACCUGUUCACCACCCUACAGCUGAUACAGCUGGUGGUGCUCUGUGUGUUUGGAUUCUCUCCCAUUCCUUACAUGAAGAUGGUCUUCCCUGUCCUCAUAAUGCUUCUGAUGCCAAUCAGGCACAAAAUCAUCCCCAACUUCUUUGAGCCUAAAUACCUGAAGGCAUUGGAUGGACAUGCUCACUAGAUGAUGGACAUGCCCACUAGAAGAUGGUGGGGAGUGGUAGAUCGAGGUUCGGCAGUAAUGAGAAGUAGGCAGCUUUGUAUGUUUUCAUGAUGAACUGAGACUGUAUAUGUGAUACCAAAACACAGAGCAUUUAAUAGGGCAACCAAGACUCCUACACAGUGGAUCACUCUGUAACAUUCGCCAAAUGAAAAAGUUUCAGAUUUUUUGUAGAUUUUUUGUUGACUCAGUGUUUAGUAUGGUAUCUCCGUUAGUUUUUAUAUUCUGCCAACCUGGUUACAAGGCAACUCCAUUUAUUUUCAUGUGUGGUAUAUAUUUUGUUUUACUUCUUUAUCCUUUUUAUGUGUUUGAUUUCUAUCACCCAAUGUCUAUCCUACGUGUACGGAACAAACUGAUGAUUGACUUAAACUUCAAGGAGGAACCUUGUAACAAGAUGAGGGUUUUAUUUUUAUACACAUCACUGUUACAUGUAUUGAUAUCUGAUUAUUUAUUGUUUGUUGUAAACAUUGUUGAUUUUGUUCCUUGAUUUACAUGAAUCACUAGGCUGUUGAUAGAUGUAUGAAUUGUAGUAUUUUAUUGGGGACCGUCAGUUUACCCAUGAAGACAUCAGAGAGGUGAAAACGUCUGUUUUGUUCUUCAUUUUAGUCCCAUUACAGGGUGUUCAUGUUAACUGUUAAUUGUUGAAAUUAUUGAGCUUUUUACACUGAAUCUGUGAUUUUGAAUUUUCCAAAAUGAUUAAAUAAACAUAGAUUUGUAA